AUGGAUCUCUUGAUGCACCUCGAAUCGCUCACUUUUGACUUCUCACCAAGCUGUGGACAUGACCAUGCGGAUAUAAUGUAUGAGGGCGUGGCCAAGACGUUCUAUGAGGAGCUCAUCCUGUUCAUGAGACGACGACCAUCGCUCCACACAUUCAUAUUCCACAAUAGCUUGGAGAGCAAUAAUGAUGCACAUCAUCAACCCUUCCUUGAAUACCUACUCCAAGAUGGUUCGUGUCCAGUUCAACAUGUGUCUUUGCGGACAUUUUGUCACGUACCAUUGCUUGGUCGACAGAUUGACACACUAAUCCUUAUUGGUUGCUAUGAGCCUGACGAUCAACAUUUUGACAAACAUAUGGAGAUGUUCAUCAACAAUCUCAAGACCUGCGUCACCAAUAUACUUGAUCUGUCUGAUUUCACUUUCAUUCAAGUAUCCAAAACUGACAAUGCACUCAUUGAUACAAUGCUUCAACCUGGAAUCUUCCUUGGCAAUGUAUACAAACAUCCAGACCUGAACUAUCGCAGAUAUAAUGAAUGA